GUCAGUUAUUUGGGCUCUCAUACGCCAAGCCCAAGAUGGCAUCCAGGUCACUCAUCUUCACUCUUGGACUCGCCACUGCGGUAGCUGCCACUGCUACCCCACUAUCCACACUCUCCUUCGCAGAUGGCAUCGUAGCAGAGGCUGGUGGUAUGCACAAUGUGCAGAUCACAUAUAACACUCCGCUAGACGGCGAGCUGUCCAUUCACUAUGGUCCAUGUGAAGUCGUCUCUUCUGACGAAUGCCACCACACUCUCGGCAGAACUCAUGUCGGGGCACAUCCGCUUGCGAAACGGCACGAGCUACACUCGGACCAGAGACCGACCAGAUUCGUCUGGCUACCACCAAAGGACAUCACGUCGGGAGGAUGCCUUCAUGCUUUCUCCGGGGAGACCCUGAUUGGACGCUCGUCACCAAUCCAGGUCAAGUCGAGAAAACAAAAGCGAUGGACUGCGGCCGCAGAUAUCAUGGAUGCCGAGGGCCCAUGGUUCGAUGGCGUUGCAUAUCUACAAGAGAAGCAGCCUGAUGAAGUGUUUGUUGCGGCAGCAAAGUCCAAGACCAUCGGUAUCCUUGGUGGCGGCAUGUCUGGUUUGAUGACCUCCCACCUACUCGAAAGCGUCGGCUUUCACAACUGGAAAAUCAUCGAGGCCAGCAAUCGCAUCGGCGGCCGGGUGCAUACGUCGUAUUUGAACGGUAGCAAGCCCAGCGAUUAUCAGUAUCAAGAGAUGGGACCCAUGCGUUUCCCCGUCAGUGUGACAUACGAGGAUCCUGCAGAGACGAUCCAAAUCAACGACCAUCAAAUGGUCUUUCAGCUUGCCGAUGUGCUCAACAAGCAGAACGGCAACAGUUCGGAAUACGAGGUAAAGUUCAUCGAAUGGAUCCAGAGUGCCGCAAACAACCCCGCCACCACUUCUCAGCGCAGACCCGAUGGUACCAUUCCCGGCGCAGCAGAAGUCGCCGCGAAUCCUGCAUACGCCGACAAUGCGAACCUGACCUACUCGAAUGCCACCGCCGUGGCAGAAGCGUCGGCAGCAUACGAUGAGUGGCAGGGUUUGGAUCGGGAAGCGUUCCGCGCCAUCGCAACCAACGUGUACAAAGCGCACAAAUGGAGCGUGGACAAUGGAUAUUUCCACUUCAGCGAAGCGGGCUACCUGAAUUACCAACUGGGCAUCAACGCCAACAUCACCGACCAAGUGGACGACAUUUCCAACUCGGGUGAUUCCUGGGCGUACGAUUCCGUCUACUUUUCCGCGACGGAGUGGCGAACCAUCGACCAAGGCCUCUCUCGCCUCCCGCAUGCCUUUACCCCUGCCGUCGCAGGCCGCAUCCAAUACAACACUACCGUGCAAGGUCUCCACUGGAACGAAAGCACCAGCAAAAUCUCCGUCGAGUACCGCACCAAAGACAACCUCUUCUCCCGCGUCCCCGAAACCCAAGAAUUCGACUACGUUGUCGUCGCCGUCCCCUUUAGCAAAGUCCGCCUCUGGACUCUUCCCGCCUACACCAGCCUUUUGAACCGCGCCAUCCAACGCCUCAACUACGACCCUUCCUGCAAAGUCGCUCUGCACUACAAAACUCGCUUUUGGGAACAUCUCCCCCACCCCAUCCUCGGCGGCUGCGGCUCCACCAAUCUCCCCCAAAUCAGCAGCGUCUGCUACCCCUCCUACAAACUCAACUCCACCGGCCCCGGCGUGCUCUUAGGAACCUACAUCUCCGGAGUCGGAGCCCGUUCAGUCGGCUCCAUGACCGAAGAACAACACGUCGCACACGUUCAACGCGCCAUGGUCGAAAUCCACGGCCCCAUCGCCGCCGAGCAAUGGACAGGAGAAUACGAUCGAAUUUGUUGGGAACACGACGAAUUCCAAGCGGGUGCUUGGUGUGACCCGACACAUGAUCAACAGGAUUUAUAUUUGCCUGCGUAUUUUCAUACGGAGAAACAUAGCGUGUUUGUUGGUGAACAUACGAGUUUUACGCAUGCGUGGAUUUGGUCGGCGUUGGAAAGUGCUGUGAGGGGUACCAGUCAGUUGUUGUUGGAUAUGGGGUUGGUGGAUGAGGCGAAGGAGAUUGUGGAGGUGUGGAUGGCGAGGUGGAUUGAGAUGUGAUGAACUGUAGGUACCUUACCUUACCUUACUUAGGAAGGAGUAACGUCAAAAAAGAAUUACUUUAC